UGUAGAUGUGAUUUUAUUAAGUAACCAGUCAGUUUCUAGGCUCCCUGUGUGCCUGGGCCUUGCGUUAAUCUCAAGAGAUUUGUGUGUGGAUAUUAGUAACUACAAAUAUUCAUGUCAGCAGUGCUGGGGCGAGGUGCCCUCAGGGGUCCAUGACUGCGGAGAACAGUCAGUUUUGAACUUGGGCUUUAAAGAGGAAUGAUAAAAAAAAAAAAACACGCGACUUCAAAGUGGGACUGUUGGUCCUGCUUCAGUAACUGAUUCGUCACCGCAGGAGAGCAGCGGUUUCAGCUGAAGGACAGGGACCUGGCCGCCCCCACCCACUCCACUCCCCAGCCCACCCCCCAACUUUCAUUUAGCCGUGAGCCAGCGGUGGGAAUGACUGUCCCUGAGCCACCGCCGGUGUCAGGUUCUGCCGCCGCCGCUGCCCUUCGGGUCCCUCCGGGACUUGAAGCCGGGAGGGGUUUCGGGAUAUCUGAACCCGGCUGCCCUCUCCCAGCUGCAGAACCCGGCCGGCUCCCCGCUGAUGUCACCAAGCUGUUGCCUUGCAGCCUCUAGGCCUGGAGAUUCCUCCCCCUGAAACCGCUCUGGGCUGGGGAAGAAGCCGAGUGGGCAGGAUGACUGCGAAGUUAAGUCACGGGAGGGCGUAGCGGGGAGCGGAGCGGCCGCCUGGGACUCGCGCCCUGGACCGGAUCAGAUCGAUGCCGCCGGGGCUGGGUGUGCUGCGAGGCCCCGCUGCCCUGACGCUGCCCGAGCCCCGGCGGGAGCGGCCGCAGCCUGCCCUGGCAGAGGGCAGCGGCUGGGGCUUCGGCUGCCUACGAACUGCCUCUGCCUGGGAGGAAGCCCGGAGCUCGAGCUGCAGCCGCCUCAGGUGGAAGAAGCCUUCUUCAGGAAGACCAGAUAAGAGUCCCGGGGGAAAUUUUUUUAAAGAGAAGCUUUGGACAUGCUUCUUGACGGUUUAAUGGUUGCUGGAUUUUACUGCCCUGACCUUUUUUCUUUUGGGUAAUUCUGGAUAACCUCAAAGAAGCUUAAUAUGGGAAGAAAGACUGCCUGUUGGGUCGAGUUUAUUUAUAUAUGGCUCCCCCUCCCAUUUAAAAGAAAAAUUUAACUUUUUUACAACAUCAAACUUAACUUAUUUUUCUCGGAGAAUCUGUUCUGUGCCUUCCAAUCUGAACAAUACAUGGCUCUUGUGUUUGUCUGUUUCUGAAGUUUGUCUGUAAAGGACAUGGAGUUUUGCAAGCCAUCUUUUAAGUGGAUUACAGUCAACCAGAGUUCUGCCGAAGUUAACGUUCAGCCUGUUAAAAUGCUUGCUCGUUUGGAAACUUUAAUCUGGAAACCUCACGCAAAAUUAGACUGAAAGGAGAAAUGGACUCAGAGUGGAAUGUUCUGAGUGUUUAAGCCACCAUUAGCUGUGUGCUUGUUUUUAUGGGCUUGGGAGUGAGUGAAGGGAGCUUUGAUAGAGUUGCAGAAGGUGGCAGGAGCUAAACUCUGGGUCUUGUUGCACUUUACUUCUUAGAAGCAGGUUUCACAGGGAUGCACUGGUGAUGACCGUGAACACCUCAGUCACUAUGCCUUGUUAUUUAUGCCUUUAUGCUGGACGCACCACAGCUCUAUUCACAAGUAGACCUUUUCGGAAAACGUUUUACUGUAUUUCUUCCUUCGGGUGUCAGAAGCUGCAAUAUUUGUUUUGACUCUCUGGAAAAUGGGGAAGCCACUCAGCAGACCAGACUGUUUACGCCAGAAUCCUCCAUGUGUCAGGAAGGGUGAGGAGGAAGAGGACCUGAAUAUUGAGGACUGUUACGUCCCCCAGCGGUCGAUCUAUGACACAGUUAGACUAAAUGAACAGAUAGACUCAGGUUCCAAAGGGAGCCUGUCAUCCAGGCAUUUUACAGAGCGGACUUUGCCCUACAGUCACCGGACACUGGAUGGUAGCUCUUUGUGCUCCAAUGGUGCCCUUUCCUCUUCCAGUAUAUUCGAGCUGAGAGGUCGGGAAGCUAACAAACUAGAUGAAAAGGCGAUCUUUGAUGCCCUCAAACUCAAUAGUGACGUCAUCCGAAACACCGGUCCGCCCAAACCCAAGUCUCAAGCAGAAAAGCGAGAGCACAGGAGGUCAUGGCGGAUGUUUGUUCCAGCCAAUUUUAUGGAUCAGGCAAACAAAAGUGAAAGUCCUUUUGUUGAUCCUACUGAUGUGCCAGAUGCUGUCACCAAGGCCGGCAAGGGCAGAUGGGGGCACCAAUUCUCAGACCUCAGAGGAAGAAGACUCCGGUUUGUGUAGUCCCCCCGCAGAGAAAGAAGAAAAACAGGGCACUUUAAGUGGAGACCGGCCACAGAUUAGAAGCCUGUCUUCUGCUGAAGAUAUUCGUAUAUCAGAGCAAUAUAGGCCAC